UGGAAGGGCUAUUUAGAGAGCGAUAACCCACCGGCAGACUUCAGUGGGUAUGUCUAGCAAGGUACAUGUAGAUGUAUACAUGUGUAUAGUCAGUAGAACUUUUGCUUGAUGGAUGUUUUGUAUUCCUACAUACAGAAAUCAAUAGGACCUCCACACCCCCAUUAUCACCCCACUAAUCCCCACACGGACCCCACUGUUCUUGUGGGGAGAGGAUUCACACAGCUACAGUCUUGCACCGUCUGCGGCCGGUUGUAUAGAAAGGUGAAUUGUUCAGUACAAUUCCCUUGCAUAUUUGCCAUGCAGUUAGAUGUGUUUGAGACUGCUGACAGCAUUCAAUUGCACGAUACGAAACGAAAUGCAAUUUUAGAGAUAUCUCGUGUAAACGGUAACAUUGGAGUCUCCCAAGCUCGAAAACCACCGAAUGUAACGUCAAAACCGGCAAUUUGCUUGUACGGAAUCAUUCCCUUAAAGCUGACAAAGUAUUUGAUUCUCGUUAGAAAGGCAAGUCAUGUAGCCUCAAUCGCCUCUCAUGAAAUCUAUGAAGCAACAUCGUUCGCGGUGGUCCCUUUAAUGAUGACAUUGGCAAUUCUUCGAGACGAGACUGAGCAACAAUUGCUCCGACUGCUCAAGCGUCAUUUAUCAAACGGUCAUAUCUACUUCUCCCCAACUACAAACCUUACGAAUACGUUUCAGCGGAAUGCAGAAGGUUAUGGUUCACAGCCAUUUUGGAGACAUGCAAAUCCUUCUUUUUUUUGGAACAAGUACGCAUGUUCUAGCUUGAUGACAUCGGCAGAACAAAACCCACUUGUGAAUGACUGGAUUGUACCCAUGAUUCACGGUUUUGUGUCUGUACGAAACGUCUUCAUUAGAACGCAUACGGUCGAACUCGGAAUUAUCACUCGUAGAAGUAUUUAUCGAGCCGGCACUCGAUACUUCAGCAGAGGCAUAGACACAGCUGGAGAUGUUGCAAACUUUAAUGAGACAGAGACUACGCUGUUUCUCGAGUCCCUGCACGAGCCCACUGAAAAUCGAAUUCUCAUGGUAUAUGUCCAAAUACGAGGCAGCAUUCCACUGUUUUGGUACGAAGUGAACGAUCUUCGUUAUUAUCCUCGCUUGCAUUGUGCCUCCAGUUUGCUUUCAGAGGAUGCUGCACAAAGACAUUUCUACAAACUUCGAGAAACUUACAAUGGUCGCAUAGUUGUUGUCAAUCUUAUUAAGGAAAGUGGCCGCGAGAAACCGCUUAAACUGGCCUUUGAGAGUGUGCUUAACAAACUCGAUAACCCCGACGUAGAUUAUCGUUAUGUCGAUUACCAAAAAGAAUGCGGCGGUCUUCCGAACCAAGCACUGUUAUACUUUACUUCAAAGUUUGAAGAUGACUUUAAAGAGCCGACAUACUUUUUGGUGAAGGGAAAUACCGUCGUCCGGAGACAAACCGUAUUUAUGCGAACCAAUUGCAUGGACUGUUUAGACAGAACAAAUCUAGUACAGAGUUUCUUCAGUCGUUUCGUUAUUACUCAACAACUAAGAGACGUCGGCUUAUUAACAACAACCCAGACACUUGCGGACUUUCCCGAAUUUGUUACCAAUUUUCAACAACUCUGGGUUGCAAACGGUGAUUCGGUGAGCACAUCGUAUGCACGUACACCGGCAUUACGAAGUGAUGUGACCCAAUACGGCAAGCGAACUUUGAAGGGCUUGUACAAUGACCUCGUAUCUAGCCUUAAACGCUAUAUAAACAACAACUUUUAUGACGGAAUGGAACAAGACAGCUAUGAUUUAGGGCUCGGAAACUACAUACCUUCAUUGUCAACGGAUUCGCGACUGUUUGUCGACACUCGGCCGUGGCCCAUUCGAUGCGCUCCACUUUUCCUUGCUCUUACAUGCUUAUUUAGUCUGGCAGACGUGUUAAGUGUUGGCAUCAAUCCAUUUCGUCUUACGCUUUGGGGUAUCUCGCUGGGAUGUUGGCUCUCCAUCAUUCUCGUUUAUCGUUCCUACUACGUUAACUGGCCUAUUCUGAACCGUCCGAGUUUCCUGGAUACUGAAUUGACUGCGACUCUCACGUCAUGGAAUCCGUUGACCAAGUUACGUCUCGUGUGGUUGCGGUUACGGCGAACAGGAAAAGAUGAAUAAUGUUAUCAGGAGACGGAGGGGAUUACAGUACUUGUAUUUAAGCAUAGUCAUUAAGUAUCUAUACGCAUAGCCUACUUGUUACAAUUGCAAGACGUAUGUUUUAGCUAACUCUAGACCAACCGUAGCAUUCACUUCCAUAAAUACAUC